AUGAUGUCUCAAACCAUUCUAGUUUCUGGAGCUUCGGGCUUCAUCGCAUUGCACACAGUCAAAAACUUGUUGGAGAAAGGAUAUACCGUUGUCGGAUCCGUUAGAUCUACUGAAAAAGGGGAAAGCCUAAAGAAAUUGUUGGCUUGCGACAAGUUUUCCUAUGAAGUUGUCAAAGACAUUGUGCAAACCGGUGCAUUCGAUGACUUUGUGAAGAAGCAUCCAGAAGCCACGGUUUUUCUUCACACGGCUUCUCCAUUCCACUUCAAUAUCACUGAUAUAAAAAAGGACCUUUUGGAACCUGCUGUGAACGGAACCAGAAAUGCCUUGUCUGCUGUGAAAAAGUUUGGCCCUCAGAUCAAGAGAGUUGUUGUGACGUCCUCGCAUGCCGCAAUCAUGACAACCUUGAAUCCUAGUGAGGCUGGACCAUCAGUUGUUGAAACUGAACAAACCUGGAACCCAUUGACAUGGGAAGGCUCUUUGGAAAAUGCUCUUGUUGGUUAUUGUGGCUCGAAAAAGUUUGCUGAAAAGGCGGCUUGGGACUUUGUGGAACAAGAGAAACCAAACUUUGUCUUGUCUACUGUCAACCCAGUGUAUGUUUUCGGCCCACAAGCGUUUGAUGCGCUAGUGACUGAAACCUUGAACACCUCUGCCGAAAUAAUCAACAGUGUGUUGAAAGCUGAGGGAAGGAACACAGAGAUACCUAAAGCCUUUGCUGUCGAUGUUCGUGAUGUGGGAGAUGCUCACAUUGUAGCUUUUGAAAAGGACGAAGCAAAGGGUAAAAGAUUGUUGCUCAGUGCGGGACCUUUCACACAACAGACCAUCUUGGAUGUUUUGCAUAAAGAUUUCCCAGAGAAAACCAAAGACAUUCCUGCUGGAAACCCAGGAGGCGAUAAAGAAGCCUUUAAGCAUUUCCUUACUUUGGACAAUUCUUGGACUAAGAGUGUUUUGGGUUUCAAGUUGAGGAGCGUUGAGGAAAGUAUUCACGAUACCGUUGAACAAAUCUUCAAACUUAGGGGUUGA